AUGACCAAGACCGGCAAAACUAAGCCACGGACGAGUGGCGGCCACAAACCCCGCUCCAAGAUCACCAACCACAAGAGCGGCACCGGCGGCUCCAAGCCGGCCAAGAGCUCCAGCUCGAAGAAGAAAGGCCCCAAGAAGAGCAAGUCCGCCAAGUCUUCGGGCAAUCAGCAGCAGCAUCACCACCACACGCACAAGCACACCCACAAACACCACCGCCACCACCCGCACACAAAGACGCAGCACCGAGCCGGGCCGUCGAUCACCUCCAAGUCGAAUGCGAAUCGCACCACCAAGCAGGCCACGGUGGCCAGUACGCGCGACAAGGACUCGGCGGCGCACAAGUUUGUGCUGAAGGGGCGCGAGCCGCCGCUGGCCGCGGACGGCAUCCUCAGCCCGUCUCGCCUGCAAGCGGACGAGAUGACCACCAUCUACAUGGUGCCGUCGGUGCACUUCAAGACCGCCGAGGAGGUGGUCCGCUUCAACGACUACGAGGUGCUGGACCAGAUCGGCAAGGGCGGCUUUGCGGUGGUCUUCAAGGCGCGCCACCUCAAGUCGGGCCAGCUGGUCGCCUGCAAGACCGUCAAAGUGGACUGCCAGGACGCGGUGAUCGAGAUGAAGAACGAGCUCUUCAUCAUGGAGAUGGUGGACAAUCCCUUCGCCGUCCGCCUGUACAUGCACUUCCUCGUCAAUGAGAAGCUGUACAUCUUCAUGCAGCUGGCGGAUGCGGGCAGCUUCGGCAAGCUGCUGGAGAAGGGCGGCGCCAUGGACGAGCGCGAAGCCAAGUUCUACUUUGCGCAGAUGGUCUGCGGCGUCGGCCACAUGCACGCCUGCAACAUUGCCCACCGCGACAUAAAGCCGGCGAACUUUCUCAUGGCCGAGCACCAGAGCGGCAAGAAGAUCGUCCUCGUCUCCGACUACGGCCUGAGUCGAAUCGUCCACAAGGAGGGAAACCGACCCAUACUCUACACCACGCAGUGCGGCACUCCCGCCUACAUGGCCCCGGAGAUCCUGUCCGGCGCCGACUACAACUGCUACCUCGCCGACGUCUGGUCGCUGGGCUGCACGCUCUACGCCAUGCUCAACCUGAUGACGCCCUUCAACGUCGACGCUGAAGAUUACGGUGUGCAGGCAAUGGUCGAUAGGGACUGGGAGUUCAGCGAGGAGGUGAUGCGCGACUGGCCGCCCUCUGACGGCCUCAACUCGAUCAUGGAGGGCAUGCUCGAGCCCGACCCCAGCAGACGGGCGGACAUGAAGGAGCUGGCCGGCCACAAGUGGCUCGCCGCCGACUUUGAGGCCGUCCAGAAGAUGACCGCCGCCACGGGAAAGAGCGUCAAGAAGUAG